AUGCGUAAGAGUUUAGUUGCUCAGGAACAAAGUAGGAAAGGAGUCGACUCAGUUGCGCGACAAAACUAUGAUGUGUUUAUUAGUGAUGUUGGAAACAUGGUUAAGCACUCGUUCGGGUUCAUUUUAUAUCAGAAGCUUCUUCUCAUGGGACUACGAGUGUAUUUUGACUCAGAAGAGGAGCUACAUCUGUGGGAUUCUUUACGAAUUACUAAACAAUACGCUAUGCGCAGUUUGUCCGUUCAUAUUGCUAUUUUUUCCAAGAAGUAUGCCGAAUGCCCUCGAUGCCUCAUGGAGCUGUCCUUCAUGUUGACAAUUGGUGCUAAAAUUGUUCCUGUCUUCUAUGGCGUUUCACCUGCUGACGUGCGGUGGGCGAGGAGAAAAGAAGGGAUUGAUGGGGAGAUACUGUUGAAGAGUAUUGUGGAGAGAGUAAAGGAGAACGUUUCACUAGAGGUGGCUAAGCAUUGCGUCGGACUUGAUGAAGCAGUUGAGAACUUUGAAAAAGCUAUGAACCAAUCUUCAUCAGAAAAUGUCAAAAUACUUGGGAUUGUGGGCAUGGGUGGCUGUGGUAAGACAACUCUGGCGAAAGAAUUAUACAACAGGAAAAGAUGGGUCUUUGAUAUGUCCAGUUUUCUUUAUGCUGUGGGAGAAGCGGCAAAUGAAUGUGAAUUGCGUACGUUGCAGAGGAAGCUGGCGGAUGAGUUGGUGCCUAAUGUACUGAAAGAUUUCAGACAGCAAAAGGAUGUUUUUUCUUAUCCUCUGAGAUCUAACCGCCUUCUCAUUGUUUUAGAUGGUAUCGAUCAUGUGGAUCAAAUACAUGCCCUGUUGCCUACGAAGGACAGCGUUGGACCAGGAAGCUUGAUUAUAAUCACAACACGUGACAUUUCUGUCACUAAAUGUUGUGGAAUCCCGUUGAUUUAUGAAAUGGGAAAGCUCGAUCGCUCGCAUGCCAAACAGCUUUUCUGUUGGCAUGCUUUCUCUCAACAAAAUUCAGCUCCAGGAUUUGAAGAUUUGGUUGAACGCUUCUUAGACGCCACCAAUCUGAUACCUCUUUUUCUUGAACGUUUAGCAGAGCAACUUUGUGGCAAGUCCAAGGAUUACUGGGAAUCUCAUUUAGUUGACAUCUCCAGUAAUUGGAUGACCACAUCAAAUACAAUCUAA